CGGCAUGACGUAAGCGGAAGAAAUCGUAGCCUAACACAUGCGACUGGCGGGAAUUUUUUGCACUUGGCAGACAGGGCUAUUGUCAACAAAUGUCAACAAUUUGAUUUUGUUUUGCACUUCUAUUGGAUGCACAUAAUUUGGUAAUAGAAAUGCAGGCGUUUCUGAAAGGAACAUCCAGCCAGAGCAUCAAGCCUCUGAAGGACAAAGCAGCUGGAUCGAGUGGAGAGAAGAAACCCAAGGCUCUACCAUGGGUAGAGAAAUACAGACCAAAGAGUGUGGAUGAGGUGGCCUAUCAAGAGGAGGUGGUUGCUGUUUUGAAGAAAUCACUAGAGGGCGCUGAUUUGCCCAACUUAUUGUUCUAUGGGCCUCCGGGUACAGGAAAGACCUCCACCAUCUUGGCAGCAGCUAGAGAGCUCUAUGGGCCUGAGCUCUUCCGACAGCGCGUUUUGGAGCUCAAUGCCUCUGACGAACGAGGAAUCCAAGUGGUCCGAGAGAAAGUGAAGAGAUUUUCCCAGCUAACUGCAGCAGGCUCUCGAUCUGAUGGGAAGCCAUGCCCUCCCUUUAAGAUCAUCAUUCUUGACGAGGCGGACUCCAUGACCAACGCAGCGCAGGCGGCUCUCAGACGCACCAUGGAGAAGGAGGCACGCACCACCCGCUUCUGCCUCAUCUGCAACUACGUCAGCAGGAUCAUCGAACCGCUGACUUCCAGAUGUUCCAAGUUCCGUUUCAAGCCUCUUGCAAAUGCCAUCCAGGAGGAGAGAAUCUUAGAAAUCUGCAAGAAGGAAAACCUAAACUAUUCAAAACAGGGCAUUGAUAAGCUGGUGAGAGUGUCAGAGGGAGACCUGCGCAAAGCCAUAACUUAUUUACAAUGUGCAGCCAGGCUUAAUGGAGAUACAGAGAUCACAGAGAGUACCAUAUUAGAGAUCGCUGGGGUGGUGCCCCCUAAUGUCAUAGACAGCCUGCUUCAGAUCUGUCACAAAGGCACCUUUGAUAAAAUGCAGAUAGAAGUCAAGAAUAUGAUUGAUGAUGGCUAUGCUGCUACACAGAUUCUUAACCAGCUACAUGAUCGCAUCAUCGAAGGCCACCUCAGUGACAAGCAGAAAUCAGUCAUUGCUGAAAAAAUGGCGGAGGUUGACAAGUGUCUGGCUGAUGGAGCUGAUGAAUACCUGCAGUUGAUUAGUCUGGCCGCAGUGAUAAUGCAGCAAGCAACUCAGAACUCCUGAGCAUCACUACUACACAACGUCUCCCACUUUCUGUCUUUAUGUACAUUUUGUUAUAAACUUCUUUUGUAUUUUUGAAGCAAA